GGUUCCUCACCUUGCCCUACCUGCCAGCCUGCUCACCGAUCAAUCGCUGCUUAGUGUAAGUCCACACACCUAAACCACGUCACAAAGACACUUGUAACACAGCCUCUGGGACAUGGAGAGCUGCAUGUGGUGAGAAUCAUUGCCUGAGAAACUAACUUAAAGGAGGAUGUGAUGAAAAUGAACUGCAGAUGCUGGUUUAUACCAAAGAUAGGCACAAAAUGCCGGAGUAAUUCAGCGGGCCAGGCAGCAUCUCUGGAGAAAAGGAAUAGGUGAAGUUUCGUUAUCAGACCCGUUAAUAAAGGGAAGAGAUUGCUGCAAAGUAGUUGUGAUUGUUCAGCUCGGCACCACCUGGGGACUUGUCACCGACCGGGGCACGUGCGUCACGGGAAAGAUCCACACCUUUAAUGCAGGUGAUUGUCAUCAUGCUCAGGCACCAGCACUAUCCACAUGAUGGAUGGCAGUCACUGCUAGGCAAGGCUGCAGACACACUCCCAGAACAUCAGUAUUAGACAGCCCUCACUAUAACACAAUAGAGAUUGGCAGCGAUCUAAAACUUGACCUUAACAGGUGGUGGUGGAGGCAGAUACCGUCGUGGGAGUUAAGAGACCAUUGGAUUGGCACAUGGCUAUGCAAGGAACGGUGGAUUGCAUCAUGUGCAGAUGCUGACAUGGACAUAGUGGUGCUGGAGCGGAGUGUCAGCACCAGACUGGGCAACCUGUACCAGAAGGAUGCCGAGUCGUUGCUGCCCAAUGGCCACAGGACGGCCAGCCCCACUGGCCUGCACCCAGCGCUGCAGACCCACAGCUCACAGCCCCUACACAUACCUGUCCACAGGCAGCUGAAGGAGGAGGAAUUCCGGACGGCCUCACUCCCGACUAUUCCCAAUCCCUUCCCGGAACUGUGCAGCCAUCCCAGCUCACCGACCUUCAGCAGUCCCCACCCUCCCAGCACCAGAGACACGCACGUCAUUACGGUGUUCAGUGAAGACGGGAUGCGGAGGUCGCUGGGGGUCAGAGCCGCGGUGACUGCCCGGGACAUUUGCUGUCAGCUGGUGGACAGGCAUCGCUGUGUGGACAGGGACACGUGGGCACUGGUGGAGUGUCACCCCGACUCAGCACUGGAAAGGUGUUUGGAGGACCACGAGAUGCCGGUGGAGGUCCAGUCUACGUGGCCCGUCAACAGCAGAAACAAGUUUAUCUUUAGGAAGCACUAUGCCAAGUACGAGUUCUUCAGGAACCCCCAGUCUGAUGGUCACAUUUCUCCUCCACAGACAUUCUUCCCGAUGCAAAUGCUAGCAGGAAGUCUGGAAGCUGAUGCAGGAAUUCCACAAGCUCAGCUAACACAGAAUUUCCUGAAUGCCAGAAGCUGUCCAGAGAUACAGGGGUUUCUCCAUCUGAAGGAGAAAGGAAAGAAAACUUGGAGAAGGUUGUAUUUCUUCCUGAGGAGAUCGGGGUUCUACUACUCUACCAAAGGCACGUCCAAGGAGCCAAGGCACCUGCAGUACUUUGCUGACGUGAAUGAAAGCAACAUCUACACGGUGACCAGCAGGAAGAUGCACAACUCACCCACUGACCACGGCUUCUGUGUCAAGGGAGCGGCAGUGACAGACAAGAGGCUGCUGUGCUGUGAGGAUGAGCAGAGUCACAAGUGCUGGAUGACAGCAUUCCGGCUGCUCAAGCUGGGCCCACAACUCUGCCUCAACUACCAGUUAUCACAGCAGAAAAAUGCACAGAAAUCGUGGAACGAACCUGCUGUGGGCCGCGGGCCGGAGACAUGCCUGGUGCCCAUGGAUUUCUCGGGGUGCACGGGACGGGUGAUCGAGAACCCCAGUGAGGCCUCGUUGGUGGCGGAGGAGGAGGGGCUGGCCUGGAGGCAGAAGAAGGGAGUUCAACGCCACAGCCUGCCCAGCCUGUGCCAGGACUCUGGGCUCAGCACAGGUGGGUCUACAUCCGCACGCCACGCCUGGGGCAAAGUCACUGGCAUUGGGCAGAACAGCACCUUCCCUGCACAAGUGUGGAGUUAUUCACACACACCUUCAGUUCCAACCUCAUGAGCUGUCUGUGUGGAGUUUGCAGGUUCCCUCUCUGACCGGGUGGGAUUUUGCUGGGUGCUCCGGU